AUGUUGCUACUGCCGAGUGUGCUAGUCAUGUGUUCGGCCAUCGCAGGCCUUACCGAGGCUCAGCGAUCCUUCACGAUCGACUAUGACCGGGAUACGUUCGUAAUGGAUGGCAGAGAUUUUCGCUAUGUGGCCGGAUCGUUUCACUACUUCCGUGCGUUGCCGCAAACGUGGCGCACGAAACUGCGUACUAUGCGCGCGGGAGGACUGAAUGCCGUUGAUCUCUACGUCCAGUGGUCCUUGCACAAUCCGCGGGAUGGUGUGUACGACUGGGAAGGCAUCGCGAAUGUGACCGACAUCAUCGAGGCAGCUAUCGAAGAGGACUUGUACGUAAUCCUGCGUCCGGGACCUUACAUUUGCGCAGAAAUUGAUAAUGGUGGUCUACCGUACUGGUUGUUCCACAAAUAUCCCGGAAUUCAAGUGCGUACCAGCGAUGCCAACUACCUGCUGGAGGUGAAAAAAUGGUACGGUGAGCUGAUGAGUCGGAUGGAAAAGUACAUGUACGGCAAUGGAGGUCCUAUCAUUAUGGUUCAAAUCGAGAAUGAGUACGGUGCAUUCGGGAAGUGCGAUAAGACCUAUCUAAACUUUCUGAAGGAAGAAACCGAUCGAUACGUGCAGGGCAAAGCGGUGUUGUUCACCGUAGAUCGACCGUAUGACGAUGAGAUUGGCUGUGGUCGCAUCGAUGGUGUUUUCAUAACGACCGACUUCGGGUUGAUGACCGACGAAGAGGUCGAUACCCACGCAGCCAAGGUGCGCUCGUAUCAGCCGAAAGGACCGCUGGUGAACACGGAGUUCUACACGGGCUGGUUAACGCACUGGCAGGAACCGAAUCAACGACGCCCGGCUGAACCACUUGCGGCAACGCUUCGCAAAAUGCUAACGGACGGAUGGAACGUAGAUUUCUAUAUGUACUUUGGUGGUACAAACUUUGGUUUCUGGGCCGGCGCUAACGAUUGGGGGCUGGGGAAAUACAUGGCCGACAUCACGUCAUACGAUUAUGACGCCCCUAUGGACGAGGCUGGCGAUCCGACGAUGAAGUUCAUCGCUUUCCGUGACAUUAUUGGAGAGUAUCUACCGCUAGCUGUUAUGCCUGUCCCGGAAGUGGCACCAAAAAUGGUGCUACAGUCCUUGCAGCUUAACUUAGUGGAUACAAUCCUGUCCGACAGCGGGCGAGAGAUUCUUGGGGCGCGAGCGAACAAUCCUUCGGGCAAAUUGCUAAGCUUUGAAGAAAUGAAUCAAAAUUCCGGCUUUAUGCUGUACGAAACGACGCUCCCUAAGCUAACACGUGAUCCCAGCUUACUCUCGGUCAAAGGACUUCAUGAUAGGGCGCAAGUGUAUUUGGAUCAGUUCUACGUUGGCACACUGGCACGCGAAAAUGGGAUUGAAACACUGCCGCUGACGGCUGGAUUCGGUACGAAACUCUCGAUUCUGGUCGAAAACCAGGGACGCAUAAACUUCGACAUUCUUGACGACUAUAAAGGCAUAAUGGAUAAUGUGACCAUCCAAACGUACGAUGAGCCAUACCAGAAAACAUUGGCCGAAUGGUCCAUUACGGGCUACCCAUUUGACGACUACGAAAAAGUACAACAAUUCAUGGACACAGCUUCGGGAGGUGCCGGUGUAAAUGGCCGUGGUAUGGCAGCGCAUGGUCCAGUUGUGCUGCAGGCAGUGUUCGAUGUCCCUGUUGCUGAUAUCCACGACACAUACAUCAACAUGAACGGUUGGGGCAAGGGCUUCAUCUUUGUCAAUGGGUUUAACCUCGGACGCUACUGGCCAGUUAUUGGACCCCAAGUUACACUCUACCUACCGAAGGAGUUGCUUAAGGAAUCCGGCAACACAGUUGUUGUGGUAGAGCUACAGAAAAUACCCACAGAUCGAAUUCUUCAUUUCUCAUCAAAAGCUAUCCUGGACGAAGCCUGA